AUUAAGUAAUUUACCCACUCGGCCGUCAGAGUCUCCCUCCGUGAUGUCCCCUUCAGUCUGUUGAUGGUCUGCUUCCCUGACGCUGUGCAGAGGGAGGCAGCUGGAAGCUAGCUAGCAUGCAGCACUGGCCUGGUGUCUCCAGGAGGCGGCGCUGCUGAGAGGCAGGUGGUCGGUGCUGAGUGUUUGGAGUCUGCAGAGCCGCCAUGGAUGACUUCACCACCAGGACGUACGGCACCAGCGGCCAGGACAACAGACCUCUGUUCGGGGAGACCUCGGCACGGGAUCGAAUCAUCAACUUGGCAGUGGGGGGAUUCACGUCUCUGGUUGUUUUAGUGACUGUGAUCAGCUCCUUUGUGUUCCCCUCGUUGCCUCCACGACCGCUUAAUGUCUUCUUUGCCGUGUGCAUCCUGUUAGCGUGUGGAUCCACUAUAGUGUUGAUCUUCUGGUACCGGCAGGGCGAUCUGGAGCCUAAAUUCAGGAAUCUGAUCUACUACAUGCUGGCGUCCAUUGUGCUGCUGUGUCUAUGUGCCAACCUCUACUUCCACGAUGUCAGGUAAAGACGGGGAUGACGAAGAGGAAGAGGAGGAGGAGGAGGAAGGGAAGACAUGUCCUUGACACAUGAAAGGACUUCAUGGAGAGACAGACUCAUCUCACAAUAAUGAAUUUCCCACCUGACCUGCAGCAAACUGGAGAUUCAUGGACUAAAACCAGUGAAGCUUUUAAUAGUUCCACUGGGAGGAAAACUUGUCAGACUUGUUGGUGCUGAAACAUAAUGCACUGGGCACACACACACACACACACACACACACACACACACACACAACUUCACAGUGUGGAAAUCAUGAUGUACUGUUAGAGGCCGUCUGCCUGGAGACAUUGAAACAGGUGUGUUCACAUGCUCAUUAUUUUACUUCCUCACAAGAACAAACACUUACGUUUGAGACGCAAGACAUUUGGUUUGAUGAUGCAACAGUUAAAGGAAAAAUCUGCCCUUUUAUCCUGUUACUGUUCCUCGUCUCUGUACAUUUGAAUUUGCUGUCUUUUCGACAUGUUUUUCUUUUCCCUCGAGAUUGCUGAUUAACUAUAUUUAUAUCUAUAAACAACUGUCGGGGUAAAACAGCUGCUUUCAGUCAUGGCUGGAUUACUGAAGGGGCCUACCGGGCACAGCUCCGGGGCCUCAGAGAGACACGUGCCAAGCAGGAAGAGACUCAAAAUGACCACAUAGAGACCAAGACAAUAACAAAGAGACCUCAAAGACACACAAAACGACUACAAAGACACACAAACGACUACAAAGACACAAACGACCACAAAGAG